CCUUUCGUUACCUCCGCACAGCUGCUGUUGUCUGCGGCGCGCGCUCUCCCCGCUGCCGCCUCAUCGCGGCGCCGGGUAACCGCCUAAAAUGACUACCGUGCGAAUGCAGUAGAAUAAAUGGCGUCAAAAGUAACAGAUGCUAUAGUCUGGUAUCAGAAGAAGAUUGGGGCAUAUGAUCAACAAAUAUGGGAAAAAUCUGUUGAACAAAGAGAAAUCAAGUUUAUUGGACUGGGUCUGAGGAACAAGCCAAAGAAAACUGGACAUGUGAAGCCAGACCUCAUAGAUGUCGAUCUUGUAAGAGGAUCUGCCUUUGCUAAAGCAAAACCUGAAAGUCCUUGGACCUCUCUGACCCGAAAAGGAAUUGUUCGAGUAGUUUUCUUUCCAUUUUUCUACAGGUGGUGGUUACAAGUGACAUCAACCGUCAUUUUUUUCUGGCUGCUUGUUCUUUACCUUCUACAAGUUGCCGCAAUAGUAUUAUUCUAUACAGCAGCAAGCCCACAUAACAUACCUCUGACUGAAGUAAUUGGGCCAAUAUGGCUAAUGUUGCUACUUGGAACUGUGCAUUGUCAGAUUGUUUCAACACGAACUCCUAAACCACCACCUAGCACAGGGGGUAAAAGAAGAAGGAAAUUAAGGAAAGCAGCACAUUUGGAAGUACAUAGGGAAGGAGAUGGCUCUAGUACCACAGAUAACACACAGGAGGGAACAGUGCAGAGCUACGGUACAAGCACCCCUUACAGUAUUGGCGCCGUCUUCAGAGAUAUCUGGCAUGCUGCUUUCUUUUUAUCAGGAUCAAAGAAAGCAAAGAAUUCAAUAGAUAAAUCAACAGAGACUGAUAAUGGCUAUGUCUCCCUUGAUGGGAAAAAGACAGGUAAAAGCAGUGAAGAUGGAGUACAGACCCAUGAACCUCACUGUGAAGUGAUUAGGCCAGAAGAGGGAGGUUGGAGCACAGGAACUGUGAGAAACACAUACAACAAUCAUAGUCCUCACAAAGAUACACACAGGACAGUAACAAAUGUAUCUGAUGAAGUUUCAAGUGAGGAGGGACCUGAAUCUGGAUAUCCCUUACGCCGUAAUGUAGAACGUGCUUCUAGUGACUGUGCUCUUCGAAACAGGAAAUCCCACCAUUAUAAGAAACACUACCCUGUGGAGGAUACCCCUAAAUCAGGUACUAGUUGCAGUUCACGAUGUUCAAGUUCCAGACAAGAUUCUGAGAGCACAAGACCUGAAUCGGAAACAGAAGAUGUGCUCUGGGAAGAUCUGUUGCACUGUGCAGAGUGCCGGUCUUCCUGUACCAGUGAGACAGAUGUAGAAAACCCUCAAGUUAAUCCUUGUGUGAAAAAAGAAUAUAGAGAUGACCCAUUUCAUCAGAGUCAUUUGCCCUGGCUCCAUAGUUCCAAUCCAGGACUAGAAAAAGUAAGCGCUAUUGUAUGGGAGGGUAAUGAUUGCAAGAAAGCUGAUAUGUCAGUGCUUGAAAUCAGCGGCAUGAUAAUGAACAGAGUGAACAGCCACAUGCCAGGAAUAGGAUACCAGAUUUUUGGAAACGUAAUCUCUUUAAUCCUGGGUUUAACUCCAUUUAUAUUUCGACUUUCCCAAGCUAAGGAUUUGGAACAGCUAGCUACACAUUCUGCUACUGAACUUUAUAUUAUUGCAUUUGGGUCAAAUGGAGACAUACCUGUUCUUUCUAUGGUUAUAAUAAGUUUUGUAGUCCGUGUGUCCCUUGUAUGGAUUUUCUUUUUUCUGCUAUGUGUAGCAGAGAGAACAUACAAACAGAGGCUUCUUUUUGCCAAACUCUUUGGUCAUUUAACAUCUGCUAGAAGGGCAAGAAAAUCAGAGAUUCCUCACUUCCGGCUGAAGAAAGUGCAAAAUAUAAAAAUGUGGCUCUCUCUCCGGUCCUAUUUGAAGCGGCGAGGUCCUCAGCGGUCAGUCGAUGUAAUAGUUUCAUCUGCCUUCUUAUUGACUAUUUCAGUUGUAUUUACCUGCUGUGCUCAGUUGCUUCAUGUGCAUGAGAUCUUCCUUGAUUGUCACUACAAUUGGGAACUAGUGAUUUGGUGCAUUUCAUUAACUCUCUUUCUCCUAAGAUUUGUUACACUUGGAUCUGAAACAAGUAAAAAAUACAGCAAUACCUCAAUAUUACUUACUGAGCAGAUAAAUCUAUAUUUGAAAAUGGAGAAGAAGCCUAAUAAGAAGGAGGAACUGACACUAGUAAACAAUGUUUUAAAACUUGCUACUAAACUCCUGAAGGAAUUGGACAGUCCCUUCAGGUUAUAUGGGCUUACAAUGAACCCACUGCUUUAUAACAUCACCCAAGUUGUCAUCCUGUCUGCUGUUUCUGGUGUUAUCAGUGACUUGCUUGGAUUUAAUCUAAAGCUCUGGAAGAUCAAAUCAUGACAAUACACAAAGAGAAGAUGUAGCACAGUAUUCUGGCAAAAUGCAUUGAUUGACUAAACUGCCUCAGAGCAGUCACUGAAUCUGUGCUUUGGAAGCUAUGGCCUCUUCAAGGAUGUA